UUCUCUAAUCUCUCGUGUUCUUCUCCUUUCCAGCCCAGAAGAGAGGAAGGGGAGAGUUAGAAUGCCGGAGGAGCCAUAAGGGCGUCGGUGGAUAGAGGCCGGAGGACCGUCGGUGGAUAGAGGCCGGAGGACCGUCGGUGGAUAGAGGCCGGAGGACCGUCGGUGGAUAGAGGCCGGAGGACCGUCGGUGGAUAGAGGCCGGAGGACCGUCGGUGGAUAGAGGCCGGAGGACCGUCGGUGGAUAGAGGCCCGGAGGACGUUGAUGAUCGUCCGCGGUUCGUCGAAAAAGUCCGCGGCGCCUUGUAAUAAGGAGGAUGUCGGAGACGGAGGAAAAUGAAAAAGGGCCCGCGCCGCCGUACUCCAGCGAAGAGGCGGAGCCGUUUAUGGAAACAGCAGAGGCGGUCCUAACCUGUUGGCGAUAUUCCAUGGAUGGCGUGGUGAUGAAUGGAACCGAUACACUAAAUUCAACCGCCAGCUCCCAGGCUCACAAGAAACGCCAGCACUACAGCAAGCAUAAAAACCAAGGAGGGGGCGGAGUGCACCGCAGCCCGAGGGCUCUCUUCUGUUUGUACCUCAACAACCCCAUACGAAGGGCCUGCAUCAGCAUUGUGGAGUGGAAACCUUUCGAUAUCCUCAUACUCAUGACUAUCUUUGCCAACUGUGUGGCGCUGGGUGUCUACAUCCCCUUUCCUGAAGAUGACUCCAACAUAGCCAACCACAACCUGGAACAAGUGGAAUAUAUCUUCCUCAUCAUUUUCACGGUGGAAAGUUUCCUGAAGAUUAUUGCCUAUGGUCUGGUCCUGCACCCCAGCGCCUACAUCAGAAACGGCUGGAACUUGUUGGAUUUUGUCAUUGUUGUCAUUGGGCUUUUCAGUGUUAUCCUGGAACAGUUUUCCCACAAACAAGGAGAUGCUCAUCACAUGAGCGGGAAGCCUGGCGGCUUUGAUGUGAAGGCGCUAAGAGCGUUUCGUGUGCUACGACCUCUGCGACUCGUAUCCGGCGUCCCAAGCUUACACAUUGUUCUGAAUUCCAUCAUGAAGGCCAUGGUCCCGCUGCUGCACAUCGCGCUCCUCGUCUUGUUCGUCAUCAUUAUUUACGCCAUCAUUGGACUGGAGCUCUUCAUUGGCCGGAUGCACAAGACCUGUUUCUACGUUGGGUCGGACCUUGUCUCAGAGGAAGAGCCUGCGCCCUGCGCUUUCUCCGGCCACGGAAGGGAAUGUCAUUUGAACAGCACAGAGUGCCGCGGCAAGUGGGAGGGACCCAACGGCGGCAUCACCAACUUCGACAAUUUCUUUUUCGCCAUGCUGACCGUCUUCCAGUGCAUCACUAUGGAGGGCUGGACAGAUGUUCUGUACUGGAUGCAGGACGCCAUGGGCUAUGAACUCCCCUGGGUUUACUUUGUCAGCUUGGUUAUUUUUGGAUCGUUCUUCGUCUUAAACCUUGUGUUGGGUGUCUUGAGUGGUGAGUUCUCUAAGGAAAGAGAGAAGGCCAAAGCCCGGGGCGACUUCCAGAAACUGAGGGAGAAGCAGCAAAUGGAGGAAGAUAUGAAGGGUUAUUUAGACUGGAUCACCCAAGCUGAGGACAUCGAACCGGAAGGAGAAGAUAGAGAAGAAAGACACAACCUCACGUUGGCCGACCUGACUGGCAGGAGGAAGGGAAAACUCCAGUGGUUAAUGCAUCCUAACCAUUCCUCAGAAGCCCACACAAGCCUUCCUGCCAGCGAGACCACCUCACUCAACACAGAGAAUAUAGACGAUGAGCACAGCAACUGCUGCACCCUGUGCCUGAGUAAGUUGUCACAGACUGGCUGCUGCCGAAAGGUGAAGCGAUGGAACCGAGCUUUCCGGAGGAAAUGUCGGCUGGCGGUUAAGUCGGUCACCUUCUAUUGGAUGGUUCUGAUCCUGGUCUUCCUGAACACGCUGACAAUCGCCUCUGAGCAUUACCGGCAACCUGACUGGCUGACGCAGAUACAAGCCUACGCCAAUAAGGUGUUGCUCUCUCUCUUCACGGUGGAAAUGCUCCUCAAGUUGUACAGUUUGGGGUUCCAUGCCUAUUUUAUGUCGUUCUUCAAUCGCUUUGACUGCUUUGUGGUGUGCGGGGGAAUUUUGGAGACCGUCCUGGUGGAGUUCCAUAUCAUGUACGCCCUGGGGAUCUCCGUCUUGCGCUGCGUCCGGCUCCUCAGGAUCUUCAAGGUCACCAGACACUGGGCAUCGCUAAGUAACCUGGUCGCCUCCCUGCUGAACUCCAUGAAAUCCAUUGCUUCUUUACUGCUGCUUCUCUUCCUCUUCAUCAUCAUCUUCUCCUUGCUUGGGAUGCAGCUCUUCGGAGGAAAAUUCAACUUCGACGAGACCCAGACCAAAAGGAGCACCUUCGACACGUUCCCUCAGGCGCUGCUCUGCGUCUUCCAGAUCCUUACCGGAGAGGACUGGAAUGCAGUGAUGUACGAUGGGAUCAUGGCAUAUGGGGGGCCGUUUUUCCCUGGAAUGUUGGUCUGUAUAUAUUUCAUCAUCCUCUUCAUUUGUGGAAACUAUAUCUUACUGAACGUCUUCUUGGCUAUCGCUGUGGACAAUUUGGCAGAUGCCGAUAAUAUCAACACUAAAGACAAAAAGGGAGGGAAGAAAUCUGGGAAGAAAGAGGACAGCUCAGUUAAGGUUCCCUGUGAGGAAGAUAAUGAGGAAGAUAAUGAGGAAGAAGAAGAAGGAAGUGAAGAAUCUGAGGAGGAGGAAGAUGAGGAGGAAGGAAGCCUUCCGGACUCCCACCUGGAUAAACUGGCAGAGUUCGCCCCAAAGGAGAAAGUUCUUCCGAUCCCAGAGGGCAGCGCCUUCUUCAUUCUCAGCAACACCAACUGCCUCCGAGUUGGGUGCCAUCGUUUGAUACAUCAUCACAUCUUCACUAACCUCAUCCUGGUCUUCAUUAUCCUCAGCAGCAUCUCUCUGGCAGCAGAGGAUCCGAUUCGUGCCCAUUCCUUCCGAAACCACAUUUUGGGAUAUUUUGAUUACGCUUUCACCUCGAUCUUCACCGUAGAGAUCCUCCUUAAGAUGAUGGCGUACGGCGCCUUCUUGCACAAAGGCUCCUUCUGCAGGAACUGGUUCAACCUCCUGGAUCUCCUCGUGGUCAGCGUGUCCCUUAUCUCCUUCGGGAUCCACUCCAGCGCCAUCUCGGUGGUGAAGAUUCUCCGUGUGCUGAGAGUGCUGCGCCCGCUGAGAGCCAUCAACAGAGCCAAGGGGCUGAAGCAUGUGGUCCAGUGCGUGUUUGUUGCCAUCCGAACGAUCGGUAACAUCAUGAUCGUCACCACCCUUCUCCAGUUCAUGUUCGCCUGUAUAGGGGUUCAACUCUUUAAGGGGAAAUUCUAUAGCUGCACCGAUGAGGCAAAGCACCGUCCUGAGGAAUGCAAGGGCACAUUCAUCAUCUACAAGGAAGGAGACGUCACCCAUCCAAUGGUGAGAGAGAGGAUCUGGCACAACAGCGAGUUCAACUUUGACAACGUUCUGUCGGGGAUGAUGGCGCUCUUCACCGUCUCUACAUUCGAAGGCUGGCCAAAUCUUCUGUACAAGGCCAUCGAUGCCAAUGGGGAGAACGUGGGGCCCAUUUACAAUUACCGGGUGGAGAUUUCCAUCUUCUUCAUCGUCUACAUCAUCAUCAUCGCGUUCUUCAUGAUGAACAUCUUCGUAGGUUUCGUCAUCAUCACGUUCCGGGCGCAGGGGGAGCAGGAGUACAAGAACUGCGAGCUGGACAAGAACCAGCGUCAGUGUGUGGAGUACGCCCUGAAGGCCCAGCCCCUGAGGAGGUACAUCCCCAAGGCGAAGUACCAGUACAAGGUCUGGUAUAUGGUCAACUCCACCGGCUUUGAGUACAUCAUGUUUGUGCUGAUCCUCCUCAACACUAUUGCCCUGGCAAUGCAGCAUUAUGAACAAUCGCAGCCAUUUAAUUACGCCAUGGACAUCCUGAAUAUGGUCUUCACCGGACUCUUCACAGUGGAGAUGGUCCUCAAGCUCAUCGCAUUCAGGCCAAAGCAUUAUUUCUGCGAUGCCUGGAACACGUUUGACGCCCUCAUCGUGGUCGGGAGCUUGGUGGAUAUCGCGGUGACAGAAGUCAAUAAUGGAUGGCAUGUCGGGGAGAGCUCAGAAGACAGUUCCCGAAUCUCCAUCACCUUCUUCCGACUCUUCCGUGUCAUGCGCUUGGUGAAACUCUUGAGUAAAGGGGAAGGUAUUCGUACCCUGCUGUGGACCUUUAUUAAGUCCUUCCAGGCGUUGCCAUAUGUCGCUCUCCUGAUUGCCAUGAUCUUUUUUAUCUACGCCGUCAUCGGGAUGCAGACGUUCGGAAAAAUCGCCAUGCAGGACGGAACGCAGAUCAACCGCAAUAACAACUUCCAGACCUUCCCCCAGGCAGUGCUGCUGCUCUUCAGGUGUGCCACGGGGGAGGCCUGGCAGGAGAUUAUGUUGGCCAGCUUGCCGGGCAAGAGAUGCGACAGCGAAUCCGACUUUGCCCCGGAGGAAGAGUUCACCUGCGGGAGCAACUUCGCCAUCGUGUAUUUCAUCAGCUUCUUCAUGCUCUGCGCCUUUCUGAUUAUUAACCUGUUUGUAGCCGUCAUUAUGGAUAAUUUUGAUUAUCUGACCAGAGAUUGGUCUAUUCUGGGCCCCCAUCAUUUGGAUGAGUUUAAAAGGAUCUGGUCUGAAUAUGACCCCGAGGCCAAGGGCCGUAUUAAACAUUUGGAUGUGGUGACCUUACUACGUCGGAUCCAGCCUCCCCUGGGAUUCGGCAAGCUGUGCCCGCACCGCGUGGCAUGUAAGAGACUGGUUGCCAUGAAUAUGCCUCUGAAUUCGGAUGGCACUGUGACCUUCAAUGCCACCCUUUUUGCCCUGGUGAGGACCUCGCUGAGGAUCAAAACGGAAGGGUGUCUGGAUGCUGCUAAUGAAGAGCUGAGAGCCGUCAUUAAGAAGAUCUGGAAGAGGACGAAACAGAAAAUAUUGGAUGAGGUCAUCCCGCCGCCCGAAGAGGAGGAGGUGACCGUGGGAAAGUUUUACGCCACUUUCCUUAUUCAGGAUUACUUCCGUAAAUUCCGACGGAGAAAGGAGAAGGGUCUUCUAGGAACGGAGAACCUACCUAGCAAUUCCACCACACUACAGGCUGGACUGAGGAGUCUGCAGGACCUGGGAUCUGAGAUCCGCAGAGCCCUAUCAUCUGAGCUAGAGGAGGAUGAUAUCUCUGAAUUCCAGGGCAUGGCAAACCAGACUGCAGAGGAUACGACCCUGUGUGAGAGCGCACCGGACCUAACCAAUGGACGUCUCUCUUCGUCCGUGUUGUCGCUUACUAAUUCCAUCGGAGGACGCGAUGAGCAGCCUCCAGCUCCUCGUAGAUCAUCCUUGGUCAACCGAUCCGGUGGUGGCUCAAAAGACAGCCUCCUGACACUUCCACCACCAGCCAGUGCCACCAGCGGGAAGAAAAGGCAGCUCAACACACGCAGGAGGAGCUCCGAUGGAACAUUCGUACCGCCCACUGUACAUGAACAGGAGGAGACCGACGACGAGCCAAGGUCCAAGACAUCCUCACCUGUGUACAGCCCCGGGAGGGAGAAGGACAAAAUUCAACGUGCAGAUGACGGUAUGAAGCGUCCGGUGUCUCCCGAAGACCGGAUGAAAACUCAGCCGCCACCUUCUCCACCUCCUGCUGCUCCCCAGGCUAAUGGCACCCUGGAGGGCAGAGCAGCCCCUCCUCGCAGGAGGCUACUACCCCCUACACCAGGAAAUAAAUCUGCUUUCAGCAUUCAGUGCCUGAAGAGACAAGGAAGCUGUGAUGAUAUCCCCAUUCCGGGAACCUACCAUCAAAAUGCACCCCCCGGCCGAACCAGAGUUUAUGGAAGUUCAGAUUCCUGGCAAAGGUCAAGUUACGAAUCCAACGGCGGUUCCAAUUCCUGGGCCAACCCUCCAAAACGUGGCCGCCUCCUCUACGCCCCGCUUAUCCUGGUGGAAGAAGACAGCAACAUGCCCACCAUCCCUUGCGCUCACUGGUAUAGGGAGGAGGAGGAGGGCAAGACUCCUUAUUGCACCUAUACCCAGCUGUGUGUACCCGGGCAGAGGCUGACGGAGAAGAGGGGCAGUGCGGACAGCCUGGUAGAGGCGGUCUUGAUCUCCGAAGGGCUGGGGCUCUAUGCACGAGACCCCAAGUUUGUUGCGUUUGCUAAAAGGGAGAUUGCGGACGCCUGUCAUAUGACGAUCGACGAAAUGGAGAGCGCGGCCAGCGACCUCCUAAGCCAGAGCCGUAAAGGCAGCUGGGCCGGGAGCACCACUGGACUACCUGGUGGAGAGGACGCGAUGGGACAAGGGCUUUUUUACAGCGAUGAAGAAUCUGUGCACUGUAGAGACGAGGAAGAGCUGCGAGACGAGAUGGCUUGUGUGUCCUCCUUCUGAGACUCUAUUCCUUUCCGAGAGGGGAGCCCAGCCAAAGCAACACUAAUGUUAUUUAGCAGCUAGACGAAUAUGGACAACUAGCAAAGCUCCAGCCAUACAAUGGAGCCAAAGAGACACUAGCUUGCCUUGCUACUUCAUCUAGAACUCCUAAAUCUGUCGUCAUGUCCCACCAACAGUGCAGGUUUUGUGGAUCUACACAUAAGAUUGCGAAGAAAUAAAUAUCCUUUGUAAGCUUACCAGCAAAACAUGCAUUGUUGGUGGGUAGAUGCGGCUCUUUAAUUAGGUGGUCACCUAAGGCCUCGCACUCACAGGGGCCUCACGGUCGCCUAACUUACCCAAUGCA